AUGGUCAACGCUACCUCGGCCAGCCUCUCAUCCUCAUCCUCUGGCAUCAUGGCCAACAACGCCACCCUCUUCGACACGGCGCUACCACCGCUGCCCGCCUACGACCUACAGCCCCGGCCGGACCUCUUUUCGUGGUGCCCCGACUUUUGGCUGUCCCUCGUGCUGCCUGUCGUCGUCUACUGGGCCAUGAGCCUCUUCUUCCACGUUAUCGACACACUCGACCUCUUCCCGCAGUACCGCCUACACACGCCCGAGGAGAUUACGCGUCGCAACCAUGCGUCCCGCUAUGAGGUCGCCCGCGACGUCGUCAUCCAGCAGGUCAUCCAGGUCGUCACCGGCGCCGCCCUCCAGCUUGCCGACCCCCCCGAGUACAUCGGCAAGGCCGACUACGAUGUCGCCGUCUGGGCCACGCGCGUCCGCCUCGCCCAGCGCGCUGUCCCCGGCCUGCUCGGCCUUGUCGGCCUCAACGCCACCGCCAUCUCCAAGACCAUGGCCGCCGCCCACCACCCCUUACUCGCUGGCGCCCUCGCCGGCGGCUACUACCCCUUCCUCAAGACCGAAGCUGACGUUCCCGUCUUCGCCUCUUGGGAGCUCACUGUCGCCAACGCCAUCUACCACGUCCUAGUGCCCGCCCUCCAGUUCUUCGUCGCCGUCUUCAUCCUCGACACCUGGCAGUACUUCCUCCACCGCCUCAUGCAUAUGAACCGCUGGCUCUACACCACCUUCCACUCGCGACACCACCGCCUCUACGUCCCCUACGCCUACGGCGCCCUCUACAACCACCCCUUUGAGGGCUUCCUCCUCGACACUCUCGGCGCCGGCAUCGCCUUCAAGAUCACCGGCAUGACUGCUAUCCAGGGCACCUGCUUCUUCACCUUCUCCACCAUGAAGACCAUCGACGACCACUGCGGCUACGCCUUCCCCUGGGACCCCCUCCAGCUCAUCACCAAUAACAACGCCGCCUACCACGACAUCCACCACCAGACCUGGGGCAUCAAGACAAACUUUUCUCAGCCCUUCUUCACCUUUUGGGACGGGAUUCUGAGCACAAAGUACAAGGGUGCCCGCGCCGACCGCCUCGCCGACAAGAAACGCACCGCUGAAAAGACGGCGGUGGCGAAGUAA